CGUUCGUGCCGCAAAAACUGUGGUGCGCGUAGUGCGUACGCCUGCGCCCCGCGACUUGUUUGCCCGUGCGUUGUAUUUGUAGGCACCACAGGCGCUAGUGGCUAUAAUGUGUUAUGUGUAUUUAUGUUGAUGUGUGCGUGUGACGCGACUACGCGAGUGAACGUCGUGUUUUACGCAUUCGCACUUGCUCUGUGACAGUGGUAGGUACCGCGUUAUUAUUAUCCCCCGUCCGUGUGUGUGUAUGUGUGUGUGUGUGUACGUGUGUUGUACUGUUUUUUAUUGCUUGUUCUCCGACCACCGGUUAAGCCCGCAACGCUUUCGCGUUUUGUCGACAGCGGCUUAGAGGAACGUUUUUCUUCUUCAAAUCGCCCGCUUCCCGAGACCGGAAAAGCUACCGUCAAGCCGACGACCGACGAGGCGUGUGUAUCUGUCGUUGAACUUUUUGAUCCAUCGACUUUGUCGUGCACGCACUCAUCCUUCCUCUUGGACGGUGUUUCGACUUUCGAACGCGUGACUUUAUACCCGCCAUCCCCCCAACAGCCGUCGUCCUGUACGUGGUUCGCCGGCUCGCGUUUGUGAACUUAGACACAGUAUAAUAAUCGCCACGACGGACGCCGACACCGGCAUGGAGAAGAGGAUCGAACUGGAGAAACGGGGCCGGAGCGCCGAAGAGAUAGAUCAAUUGAUUUUGGAUGAUUGUCGUAGCACUGCAAUAGUUGGUCUUACUGAUGAAUAUGUUGGUUUACGCAAUCUUAGUAUAAUCAAUGUUGGUUUAACAAGCUUAAAAGGUUUUCCUGCAUUGCCUUCGCUUGUUUUUUUGGAUGUCAGUGAAAAUCGUAUUUCCAAUAGUCUUCAAAACCUGAGUGGUUGUACUAAUCUCAAAUCAUUGAAUCUCAGCCAAAAUAAAUUGAAAGAUAUUGAAGCAAUUGAUCCAUUGAAAUCUCUAAAACGUCUCAAGUAUUUGGAUUUAUCUAACAAUGAAGUAACUAAAGAAGAAGGGUAUAAAGAAUAUGUUAUAGAAUAUUUUGCCAAGUCCAUUAAAUGUUUAGAUGGAGAUGCUUUUUUCAAUGGCAAACAUGAAUCUGCCAGUGACAGUGAUGAUGAUUCAGAAUCUGAAGCUGAAGAAGAAGGCGAAGGUGACGAUGAUGACGAUGAUGAUGAUGAUGAUGAUGAUGACGAUGAUGAUGAUGAUGAUGAGGUUGAUGAGGUUGAUCGCGAUGAAGUCGAAAAAGAAAAUUUGUUUGCUGGAGAUCAAUCGUCUGAUCAAUCAUCUGAUGAAGAAUAUGAAAAUGGUGAAGGGGGCUUAGAAGACUUGUUAAAAGACAAUAUUGACGAAGAAAGCGAAGGAAAUGAUUAUGUGUUGGAUGAGGAAGAUGGUGUAGAUCAAGAUUCUACUGAUGAAAGUGAUGAUGAUGCAGGUGAAGCCGAUGAUUCGACUGCUAAUGAUUCAGAAAAUACUAGAGGGAAAAAAAGAAAACUUGAUGAAUAACCUAUUGAAAGUUUUUAAUUACUGUUACGUGAAGUGGAACAAAUUGUAUGUAUAUGUCCCAACACUUAUUUUAAGUAUCAACUUAAAACCUUUUUAUUAUUUUAUUUGUAAGUUGAUUGUUUUAAUAGACAUAUUUUCAUGUUCUACCACGCAAAACAUUUAACAUUUUUUGAAUUUAAUGUUAUUAUACCUUUCUAUUUUUUUCUCAACACUGCUAUGACUUUGGAAUUGCCAAGUGAAAUUUUUUUUAUUUACUUGUGUUGGCUUUUUUUUACUUCAAAAUUGUUUUAAAGACAUAUUUUUUUAAGUCUAUUUUUGAACAUCUAUGGAAUAUGUUUAUACAACUUGAUGAUCCGGUUGUAAUUUAAAAUGUAUUUGAAGACCAAAUAAUAAGUUAUUUGUGUGUUUAUAAUAAUAUAUUUAUAUAUAUUUUUAUUUGUCACAAUUAAGUUAUUAACUAUUAUUAUUAUUAUUAUUAUUAUUAUAAUUUUUUUUUUUUUUAAACAUGUGACUGAUUAUUUUUGUUGUCAGUAUGAAUUAAAAAAUUCAAAUUGAAUAUUCUCAAAGUAAUAAAACAUUAUAGGUAGUGUUGUACAGGGUAUAAGAAUUAUUGAGUAUUUAAAAGUUAAUAGUUUCUGGUUGGUGGAAUAAUUAUAUAAUACAUUGAUUAAAUAUUUCAACUGUUGAUAACUAUUUAUACCCUUUCUUUUUUAUUUUAUUGAAAACUAUCACUUUUAUGUCACUAUUAUUAUCACAUUCAUGUGAAUAAUAAUUUUUAUUGCAAAUGGUAUUUAAGAAUGGAUGGUAAACAUAUAUAGUUUAAUUUAAAAUGUAUGUUAUAGAUUUUUUUAUAACUGUUUUAAUUAAUAAUAUAUAUCUAUAACAAUUGUUUUUGUUCAAAAUGUUUGGAAUAUUCAAAAUUAUAAUACAUUACUCAGUAAUUUAUAGUUGUAAUAUGUGUCAUAUUUUUGUUUUUCAUUUUUCAUAUAUUCCUGAAUAGUGUAUUUUAAUUGUAAGACUGUUGCAUCCUAAAUAAUUGUUAAUAAUAAUUGUUUAUUUUAUUUAUUGUUACUGAUGUUUAUACCUCAAUUUUUGCAUUCCAUUAACUUGGCUUCUUUGCAUUAGUUAGUAGUACCAUAUACAUUUUUAACUAUGUUAUAAACAAAUAAUAAUUUUAAAACACUAUUUAAAAAGUGCAUAGUAUUCCACCACCCCAGUUUAUACUAUUUAUUGUUUUUUUAUGCUCUAUUUUUCUUACACCCUAUGUAUGAAUUAUUUACAUAUUAUUGUGUAUUACAAUUUAAAAUCAAAGAAAUUAUAAUAUUAAAGGAAGAAGUAAAUCUUUUGAAUGUCCUCGAGUGUAAAUAAAUAUUUUUAUAAUAUA